AUGCAGAAGCGGAAGGUGGUGCAAUACCUCAGCAAGUACAUCCGCGGAUUGAAUGCAGAUCAAGUUUCUUCGAGACUCUUUUCGGGCGAAGUGGAGCUUCGAGAAGCUGAGCUGGAAGUGGAACCGCUCAACAAACUUCUCGCUGGGACAGUGCCGUACACCCUGGAGGUCCUGGCAGUAUCCUGUGAUCGACUCUCAGUGCAAGUUCCAUGGAGUGCCCUUCGCACCCGACCGGUGCAAAUCAAAGUGGGCUGCUUGCGCAUUCAGGUCCGUGUUCAUAGCGCUGAAGAUGUCCAAUGGGCGGAAUUGAGGGCUCCCAGCACGAGCAUUGCCGCUGCCCGGAGUGAAGCAAAACCACAGGAGAAGGUCAGUGAUGAGCAAAGGAGCUUCAAACUCUCAGACGUGAAAGUGGCUGUGAUCGAUGGCUUGCUGAUUUCACUGGAGUCUUUGCAUGUGCUUUCUACCCACGUAACUGCGUCGUCAGCGCAGCCUUCGUUUGCCUUUGAAUUUGAACUGAAGGGGCUUUCUUUGCAGCCAGUGGCCCCUGCUGGAGCCAAGGAGCGAAAAGCCAAGCGCCUGCGACGUGGGGCGUGGACGUCGUUGAAGCGCCGGUUGGAGGUGCAACAUCUACGACUAGCUGCAGCCCACUUGACGGGCAAAGCGACGAAUGAUGCAAUGCUUGACAUCAAGAACUUGAGUUUGGACCUGGUGGAAGGCAGAGAUAUUGGCCGCCGUCAGGAUCAUCGCAAUCCUUCUGCAAGGAUGGCGAUGCUUCCUCGGCUGCUUCGGAUGAACUUAACGGUGCCCGAGAUUCAGCUCCACCUGAAUGACUCUGAGAUUCUGAAUUUCAUCAAGCUCGUGGGCCAUAUAGUGCAACCAAAGUCUCCACCAGUAGACAUGCUCUCAGCAGAAGUGCAAGAGCAGACGAAAGCGGCUGUGGAAGCUCUCUCGACUCGGUCGAUCCGGAGUUUCAGCAUUUUUCGGCGUUCCAAAAAGGACAAGAAGCCCAAGAGCUCAGUUUCUGAUCGAGAGCUUGGAACGCCAGUGUCACAAAUAGCUGAUAUGGCCGCAGAUAUGGCGGACAUCAUGGCUACAAAGGCCAAGAAGGCUGGGGAUGCUGCAAGCGCUGCAGCCGCAGACAAGGCACGGCGCACUGCUGCAGCUAUGGCAGGAAGUGCUGCAGCUGGGGCGGUGGCAGGCGCUGCGGCAGCUGCGGCAGCUGCACAGGGUGCCAGCCACGCGGCACAGAAAGCAUCGCAUGCUUUAGGAGAUGCCAGGAGGAGUGGUCAGGCUGCCGCAGAGAAAGCAUUUGGGAGUUUGAUGCGUGUAGGACUUGGACGAAAGACGAAGAAAGAAGGUGAAGAAGUACCAGAUAAUCCAGAGGAUGAAGAGCUCCGCAGAGUACUGGCACUUUCUUUGAAGGAAUUUGAAGACUCACAAGCUGCACAAGCUCAGAAAGAAAGUGGAUAUCCUGACUUGACAGGAUCACCGAAGGCAGUGUCAGCCUGCGAAAGCGUAGUAGAUGAUCAAGCCCCUUCAAUGUGCGGGGAGGAGCUGGAUGAUAUGGCUGCCUUGUUGGCUUCCUCUGAUUCAGAUGAAGACGAUCGCCAGUCUGUUGAUUUUGAAGAAGACAUUGGCGUCGGGGAGCUUGAAGUGGUUGAUACCCAUCAUGGACGAGAUGCGCCCUCUGCUUUCAUGGAUAGUCACACCCAACCACCACUUGGACUGCGGAUGCUGUUUGCACACAUCGCUCUAAGCAAGUUGUCAGUUACGCUGCCAACGCAGAGGGAUUCGGAAGGGUUUCGUUUAGAAGCAGGGGGCCUGAACAUAUCUGGGGAUACACUCCUACGCUUGCUUCCAUCCGAAAUCAAGUGCCUUCGUCGCUUGGGCAUUCUGCAAGGACACAGUGAUAGUCUGACAGACACGAGUUCAUCGAAGUCGCAGAGCAGCAACUGUAGCAUGACCCUUUGCUCCGGGUCAUUGAAAUUCGACAACAGACAGCUCCUUGGAGUGAAGCGAUUGCCCAAAUUCACUCCAUGGAUGCUGACGGUGCGCCUCAACGCAACAUCUUUGGCCAGACCACUCAUGACGACCCACAAACUUGCGCUUGAGUGCUGCACUCAUGGUGUGCACAUUUCUCCAUAUAUCGAUGCAAUCAAGGCCCUUCAAGCCCGCUGUGCGUCACUUCAGAAAUCUCUCAGCACUUUGGGUUCAAAGAGCGAGGGGAUCCCUGGGACAGCAGCACUGCCACUGCGGAUACAAAUCGAUGCCAGGCUUCGGCUUCAACAUACGAUGAUCGACCUGAGCCACAUUUCAUCCCCCCUUUUGAGACCCUUGCAAGUGUUGAUUCCGUGCGUUCAGAUCAAUGUAUCUGAGGGAUUUCUUGGACUCAGCCCACCGGUACCUCAGUGGCAUGUUUUGCCAACUUCCAGUGAGGGAAAUGAGCCCGAUUUCCAUCUCUAUGAUUGCUUUUGUGUCACUAAAAGAGGAAUUGACGGGUCAAGUGUGGAGCCAGAAGCGGAUUCGAAGAGCUUUGAAGGUUGGGAAGUCUUGGUGACGGAGCGUCAGUGGUGCCGCAGCGGCACUGGGCUGCAGGGGCAGCGGUUGCUGCUGCCUGCAGCUGAGAUGUUGCUUUUGUCGAAGUCCAAGUUGGAGGCCAUGGAAGCAGCACAUCGCUUGGAAGACUUGGCUGAAAGGCAACAUGCUGAAAGUUGCUUUGCCAUUCAAAAAGGAACUGCACAGCGUCUUCCCAUUGUUCAAGAGAUCUUGGACGGUACCGCUGAGACGACCAUCGAUGGUCUUGAGGAGCAGUUGGAAGCCUUGCGCGUGGAGCUGCGAAGCUUGGACUCGCAGCGCCGGGAGGACGAACUGGCGUUGAAACGGAGCGAAAGGGAAGUCGCCACGGAAGUGGCUGACUUUCGAUACCAGAAGUUGCAAAGAGAGCAAGAUUUACAGCAGCAACUGCAGGAAGAAGAGAUGAUCAGUGAUGCUUUGACCAAGCUUAUUGCAGACCAAGCCGAGAUCAUUGCCAAGUUGCAAUCUUUCGACUGA